AUGGAACGUCAAGUUCCGUGCGCAGUCGGCAGUGUGCAGGUGGGUACAAACGCGCCAAUGGAGCGCCAUUCCCAUUCUCAGGUGUCGGUUUGCUUUUGCACAGGUUUGGGGCCAAUGUAUGAAGCGGUUUCGCGUGGUAGGGGAACGCGAAAACCUCAGUUUUCUGUGCACGGGAAACGUCGACCCCAGUCUCGCAGGCGAGGGCCGUUCACGUGGCUGCGCGGUGCGCUUCCGCUAGACGCUCUGUUACCUCAUCAAGAGCUGCAGCACAGACAACAACACUUUCGCCGUCACAGUUUCUCGACCUGUCAAGGCAUGAAACGGACGGUUUCUGUGCCGCGUCAAUCUGAACAGUGCACGCGUCUCCCGAGCGUGGUAGCGGACGCGACAGGGCAGCGAACUCGGGCAACAUGGACCCGUCCGCAGCGCAGUUCGCACAAGAGCAUCGUUGUCUGUUUCUUGGACGGGAAACGAACGUUUCGAAAAGCGUCCCGCACCGGCUUUUUCAAUCCAAGCUUAAUGUUUUCGCAGACGGAGUCGCGGAUCAAAACCUGGUGGACGCAGACGCUGAUACAGAUCCGGAGCUUCACAGACGAAGUCUCGAAGCGCUUUGCCGAUGCGCGACGUCGUCAACCUGUGGACCCGGCUGCCGCAAACCGUCCGCCGCUCUACCCCGACGGACUCUAUGUCCUCCUGGGCAUGUGGAUACUGACGUAUUUGGUCGUUCGCCUCGGACAAUUCGUAUGCGACUUGCUUGCGUUCAUCGUAGCCAUUGUGGUAUCGGUGUUCUACGUGCCGGGUCAGGCUAGACAACGGCGCGCAAAGAAGACGGCAGAGCUUCAAGUCGAUGCAGCGACCUCUGCAGACGGCGGCCGAGGAGCGAUACCUGAGGACUCGGCUUCCAUGAAUACGCUGGGCUCCAGCAGUGCUGCCCGAGAGCGUCAGCGUCUGCAAGCGAUCGCAGCGCGGGAAACCACGGAAGCGGAGUCGGCAGAGUGGAUUAAUGCGGCAAUACGGAAAAUGUGGCGUCUGUACAACACGGAGCUAUCUGUCACCGGAAAGAUGAUUCUGCAGGACUUGAUCGACGCGAAUCUGAAGAACAAUCGACCGCCGUUUGUGCAGUCGGUGACGGUGGAGCGACUCGAGCUGCACGAGAGAGCGCUGCGGCUACCGUCGGUGGAGAAGCUACCGACUCGUUCGGAUGGCGACCUUGUGCUGCUGGUAGGCGUUCGCUAUGAUGGCGACGCCCAGCUGCAUCUGCGCGUGAACUUCGGGGUCACCCAGCGGGCCUCCUUUGCAGUACCAGUUGUUGUCAGUGGCCUCGAUAUCGAUUCGCAGCUAUGGAUUCGAGCCCGGAUGAUCCCAGAGGCACCCUACUUGGGCGAUGUCAAUGUGGCAUUGCUGCGACGACCGCUCAUCGAUUUACAGCUGCGACCUUUCAAAGUUGUUGAUGUGAUGGAAAUCCCUGGUUUACGCCCGUUUCUACGCAAACUGCUCACGUGCGAUAUUCCAGACCUGUUUGUUUUGCCGCGGCGAAUGCCGAUCCUGCGCCUCAGCAGCCUCGAGCAACUGCAGCGCUAUGCCCGCAUGGGUGCCUGGGACGGCUCGCGAAAUGAUCCCUGCAUGGGCGCUCUGACCAAAGCGCGCUUUCGACGACGUUCGGAGUCCGCAGCGCCUGGUCGUGACGACCUCAGCACCGAUGACCUGUCCGACGCUGGCGAAUCAGAACCCGAUAUUCUUGACGACCCGAGUCUCGACGACGGCCUUCUCAUCGUCAUGCUCUACGGCGCGCGGAAUCUGAGCGGCACAACAUCGCUCGGGCUGAGCAAUCCAUUCUGUUAUAUCUCUGUGGACGGGAUAACUGUGCGGAGUAAGCCGGACAAGAGCACAAGUGCGCGGAGCGUGCGAGGCCAGCCAAUUUGGAAUCAGCUGUUUGAGCUGCCCGUGCGAAAUCCGAAUACAGCACGUCUGCAUAUCGAAGUCGCAGAUCGAUACGGACUGAAACACCGCAUCAUCGGCGCUUUCAGCAUGGCUGUGUCGGCGCUCAGAGACGGUCAGAGACGGGAUAUGUGGGUUCCGUUGCGCGGCUCCGUUGCUGCCGAGAGCCGCCUCCACAUCGGCGUACAAUACCAGGCCUAUGUCGACGCGGACAACGAUGAUCUGUUGUUGUUGUCGUCUUCGUCGUCGUCACAGGCGCUGCGUUCCAAAGCGCCCAAUAUCGAUUCUAUCGUCUCGAUGACUUCUCUGACGCGGAUGUUUCCACUUGGCGUACCGCGAUCGUCCUCGACGUCCGCAGCAUCAGCGCACACUGUGGACAGGGAUGUUCACGUUGAUGAGGCGAACGAGCAAGGUGUUCAGGCGAGCAACCAUACCACGGAGGAGAACGUGACGCCAGUUCAAGUGGAGGUUAUACAACCCCCAGAGAAGCGCUAA